CAUUGACCAUGAGACCUCCAGAACACACUAAGCAAAGAACAAGAAAUUAUAAGUUGAGAAGGAAUUUCCUGAAAUUCUCCGUUCCGAUGGAAUACAGAAAAGAGGGGACCCUGAGAAAUGCUCAUGACAAGCAGAGGGUUCCUGUGAUCCACAUGGACUAUUCAAUCCUUGGGCUAAGAUCACAGGAUGGUUCAAGACAUCGAGACUGUCUUGUGAGCGCAUUUGGCUGUUCCUGCGGGCAAGGUGGUUCCUUGCCAUCUCCUUCCACUCUCUGAUAGUUUCCCUGUUGUCCUCUUGCCCGUAUGAAUAAUCCAGCAGCAGGACUGCGGUGAUAAAGCUCUUUCUAACGUAGGUUGAUCCCGAGAGGAUCAGGUACCCCACAGCAGGAGAAUCUGAGCUCCCUCUCCAGUGACACUGGUGACACCGACUGACCACAGCGUCACACUAAGGCGAAGAAAGGCAUUAACAUCCCAUUUUCAGUUCCCAGUGCCAUGACGCUAGUCCUGACAUUGCUGCUGGUGCUAUAAAAGUAUAAAAGCAGCUCGGUCUCCCUCAGGUUUGGAGCCUAGUCGUUGGGUACAGUAAGUAACAGCUCUUCUCGAAGUCAGGUAAGGUCCUUCCUUCUCAGCUCACUUUUAAUUAUAAUUGCUACCACCUUCCUUUCUUUGUGAGGGCUGAAAAUCCAGUUGGGGAUCUGGCGAGCUGAUCUCUGACAAUAUCAAAUGUUUUAAGAACUCUUAAUCGAAGGCAGCCCAUGAAAGCACCCCGGGGAGCGCUUUAUUCUCUGUGUUUAAAAGGACAUGAAAGUACAAUAGUUCUCUUUAUACGGGUACAAAGCAGCCAAUUGAUCUUGUCAGUUUAAUAAAUAAUACAAUUGCUUCCAUCAGACAGUGUUAAUAGACUCCUGUCUGGACUAAUGUCGUACAGAAUUGUACAAGUACAGAAAUGCUAUCUACCUCCGUCUGCCCUGGAUUAACCACCUCCCCCUUUAUCACCUAGAGGCAAAGCUUCCAGCAGUCGGCCCUGAAGGGCAUCGGGUCCCCUGAUCUUCAUCUCUUCAUCUCUUUCUUCAUUUUAAUGUGUGUUCUUGGAAGAGACGAGCUAAUUUCCUGGUGCAUCUGUUGUCUGGCUGGUUCCGAGUAUUUGUACAGAGUCAAAGCUUGAGAAUGUAAACUAGGCAGCAGAUUUGGGGUUGGGGUUUUUUUGUUGUUGUUUAUUUUCUAUUCAUGUACUCUCUACGUGGUCUCAAGGUGCAAAAUUUGGGUCAUGCUUUUCAAACAUUGCAAAGGUGCAGGGGAGCUUGGAUGCAGCUUUUUACCUGGGGCAAUAUGAAUACAAGGAGCAGAUAUCAGCAAAAUUGAUCCAAGGCUUUGGUUCAAGGAGCUCACAGCUCAGGGCUCUGGGUUGUUUCAGAUUUGGUGCCAGAAUAACCAGCACAUGCCCUUCCAUGGAUUCCUCACUCAGCAGUUUAAGCGGGCCCUGAGGUUUUGCAUUAUCAGCACUGCUCUUUAGGUGAGCAUUAGAUGGGAUACAGACACGACAGUGUCCAUUGGGAGAGCGCUGGUAACAUUCCCAGUAGAUCUAAAAAUGUUAAUUGUUUUGGUUUGUUUUCUGGCUUCUUUCCUCUGCCAUGACAUGAAGUGAUUUUGGGUUUUGCAGCUGAGGUAUGUGAUGAAGUCAGGAACAGAAUGUAUUUGUCAUUGCAAAUAGGUUUCCAGGGUUUUCAGGACCAGAAUGUCAUGCUUUGAAAAUAGUUAAUUUUACAGCAGUUAUGGAUUUUACAUUAUUUCAUAUUUCUGCCUAUAUAUCUACCUAAAUAAAUGUUUAUAGCUACAUGGGUGUUUUAUAGAUUUAAAACCAUAAAAAUAUAGGUAUGUUUUAUAUAUAUAUGUGUGUGCACAUAUAUGUAUUAAACUCAUCUUCACUGUCAGAGCCCCCACAGGUUGUUUCCCCAGAUGAUGAGAGACCCGACAUGCAUCUGGGAGUGUUGCUGAGCUCUCCAGCUCGGCUGGCAGAGGAGAUAUUGCAGUGAGUGAAAAGCUGACCCAUCCCCUUCCUUGUGUUUGCAAGAAAAACACCUCUGAUCUUAAUGCUGCAAUCAGUUAUUCAAUCGCUAAUAUAUAGUAAUAAGCUAAUAACAUUUUUCAAUCUAUAAUAACCCGAGUGAAUAAUGCAAUGAACAAAAAAGUAAAAAGAGCUGCUGAAAAGUUAUUUAGACCUCUAUACGUUGUUUUUUUUUUCCCUGCUGUAAAAGGUAGGUAAUAACAGUGCCAGAAUUCAAAGGGGCAUUCAAAGGAUAAAUGAAUAAUUUACAUUGAACUCCUCAGGUAUUUGAGGUACUGGGAUAAUAUAUGAAGCUAAGAGAUUUUUACCUAAGCAGAGAGACAUUCUGGUUGCUUGAUGGGGUCCUACAGCAACAGGAGAAGUCAACAGGGAUUCUUUUGGAUCAGUGCGGAAAGCAAUUCUUGGGAAUUGAAUGCUUGAUCCCCAAAGCCUUUUUCCCUGAAUCCCUGUGUGAUCAAGUCUGUGCUUACACAGAUAUUGCUUUUGAAUUGUUGUUGCACUGCUUGCAGAGAAAAUACACUGCUGCCCUUCUAUUUGGAGAUGAAAAAUGCUUUUUAUUUUACAUUCAAAGACUAAUUGAUAUCCAGACUUCUUAACUAGUUUUAGAUAUAACUCCAGAAAGAAAAAUCAGUCCUUUAAAUAAUAAAAUGCUUGUACUGAAAAUCAGUUUUCUUUGCUCCUGCAUCCAUUUUGAAUUGAGGCUACUGUGUUUGAAGGUUAAGACCUAAUAAUGUUUCUAAAGUCACAACUGGUAUUUGAAAGGCAGCUCUGUGCUCUUCUUUGAGUGCUAUUGAUGCUUUCAGCUGUGGCAUGAAAGACCUAGAACUCUGAUCUCUGGUUUUGGCAAGUCAAGUCGUUCAAUUCAAUUUCAGAACUGUGCAGCUGUGAAGCUUUACAGUUUUCGAUGUUUAAAAAGGGCAGGGAUUAUUUCUGUUCCCUGUGAUUUGCGAGCAACCGCUGCUUCUGUCAGCAAACCCAGGAAGAAACCUGUCUGUCUGAUGUGCACCGACUGCUACUGAUACCUGCGCAAACACCUGAGUAGACAUUACACAUCUGCCUGGAAUCUCUGAGAUCAAAGCGCUCUCUGAUGCUUUGCUGCCCUUUGAACAGCAUUUAAUUGGCCAUAAGACCACCACGUUUUAGGACCUGGGACUGAGCUUCACAGUUCACAGUGUGAACUUUGGGUUGUCCUAUGCAGGGACAGGAGUUGGACUUGAUGAUCCUUGUGGGUCCCCUUAAACUUAAGGCAUUCUAUGAUUCUCUGAUGGACUGUGUGGAGUUCUGUGGUGUGCACUGUUACUCAGUAGCUCUGUCACUCGUGACAAGGAUGAUGGUGCUUGAGGGUGUUUAUUGACUAUAUGGUGCAAAAAGCUGCUUAGGUCCUUCAUAGACAGGCCUGACAUCCAGGUUUCCUCUGUGAUGAUCUCAGAGCCUGGGUAGGUGUUGGAUGGAUGAGUGGCAGGGAGAUGAGUGCCCUGGACUGCCAGGGGACGUCAGGACACCGACAGCACUCUGCACUCGAUGGGUGUGAGGAAGAUGAGGAGGAGGGAAGGUGGGACAUGGGCAGGUGUGCGCUAUGGAGGGGAGAAAGCAAAGUCAUCCUGCUGGGUGUCACUUCUGAGCAGAGGACUCUGCUAAGGCUCAAUUCAGCAGCAUGCUGCAAGCCUACUGUUUGCAGCCAAGUCUAAAGGCACCAAGAUGUCAGUGCCUUGCAAGAUUAAACUCUUUGAUUCCAAUCUCUUUAGCUAGAAAGCAUGUUGUUUUAUCUAAUGCUUGUCUCUGUCUGUUUUAGGCUGUGGCCCCUGCUGAGAAAAGUUUCCCACAGCAAGGCCCCAAAAGUUAUCUAAUAAACAUGGAUGUUAUGCCAUCCUCCCACAAGAACUCUAAAUAUCAUACAGGAAACAUCGCCUCAUAAACGAUAUAAUUACUGCAGAGAUGAAAACCAGCACUCCUGGAAACACACGCUUGCUCUGAGAUCCUAUUGAAAUGAAAGUGUGGGAGGAGGCAUUUGUCUAAUCCGUAUGGAUCAAAAUGUCAUAAAAUACCGAGUUUCACCAGCCUGCCUCUUCCACAGCCUCAUCUGUGUCGUGUGAAAGCCAAAUCAGGGAUGGAAGUAACUCUGCCCCACUGCCAAGAAACUCAUCGCGUUGGUUGAUCCAGAAGGGCUCCCGUACCAAAGAUAGCCUCUGGCGUGUGGGUAACGUUUUGGGGCGGCUUUUAGAAGAGAACUGCUCCAAGAGAAGCGGAAUGUCUGUCUUCAGGUCUGUGAUUAUUGUAAAAGCCUGGAUUUGAGCUUUUUCUUUCACUGCCUGUGUGUCACAGCACUUUCAUAAUGACCACUGGUUGCUGCCUCAGUUGAAUAAGUUCCCCAGACUAACCAGGAAACAAGAGAAACCCUCCACCCUUGGUUCUUUUUCAUUUUAUAAUUAUCUGCUGUUUCUCUAGAGUUGCUCUUUUAUCCUUAUGUUUUGCUCUUGUCUGGAUGUGCCCAAUGCCUUGCAAUUAAAACAAAACAGCUCUAUACAGUUCACAAUCUAAGAUCACACGCUGCAAACCCUUGCUCAUUAGAGCAAGCCCAAGGAAGCGAAUAAAGCUGUUUCACAUCAGGUUUGCUUGCUUGGUGAAGUUUAGUAAUUUCUGACCUUUAGUUCCAUGUUUUAAAACAUCAGCAAAAUGUUCUCUGACUCACUGUUAAUAGUAUAAUUGCUAAUGUGGUGAAGCUCUUAAAAAUAGGUCCAAAUAUGUUUAUAUAACCAUCAGAAAACUUGCAUUCCCAAAGUAAGGCAAUGGUUGUACUUUUAACAACACUUGUGUUUUGGCCUGGAGGUGUCCUAUGUGCUGUGCCAAAAAGUAAUAAUUAAAGGGACAUGGUCAACAUAAAACUAAAUUUACUGAAAUUUCUUAACCUGUGCUACUUGGAAAUGCACUGGGGUUUCAAAGUGAAAGGUGUUAAAAGUUUGUUUUGCACCACUUAGGCUCUUUGUUCUUCCUGCAGUGCUCCAUUUUAAGUAUAAAAUCUGUUUUUUCUGGUUUCACUUCUAGUUCGUGUUCGAUCACUCCGUGUUUCUGUGCUGUAUGUGUUCUGAAUUUAAAAGACAUCUGCUUCACUUCAGCUGUAUCCCCCACUGUCAGCCUUUGCUUCCUCCUGUUAUAUGCAUGCUAAAAUAUUGCUGGCAUGAAUAUGCAAGGAAAGUAAAUGCAAAGCCAGCACCACAGAUAAUUGCUGAUCCCUUUAAAGUGUCCAAACCUCUCAUGAGGUCUUUGAUGCAGAGGCUGUUAAGCAAGACAGACUAAGGUUUGACUGUUCUCUUUGCAAGCAACAAGAGCAAGCAUCUGCAAUUACUUUAUGAAAACAACCACUGGUGAGAAUUACAAAUCAAUAAGUGCAAUGUGCUCGUUAUACUUUAUUUUAAUGAAACCCUGCUUCACGCAGCGAUUUUAGUUUCUCAGCUGCCUUGUUAGGUCCCUGGCAUCAAGGCACGGUGACAAAGGAGCCAGGCACCUCCUCCGCAGUUGGCAUCACGGGGCAGAUGCUGCAAGCAUGGUGAGUAGUUCACCAGAAAUCACAAUUCAUUUGGUGGCCAAGUGAUUGUGAGUAAAAUUGAGAUCUGCAUUUAAAUUAAAAGGAUAAAAAAAAGAAAAAAAAAAGGAUAAAAAUGCAUAACAAAGUGCACAGGGCAGUGUGACGCUCUUGCCAGUGUCAGAUCGGUCAGACAGGGGCUGAGCUGGGUGAGGGUGCAAUGCACAGAUAUGCCCCGUGCAGAUGUUGGAACUUGUCAUGCUGAGAGAGCCGUGGAUGGAGCGGGGGGAGCCGAUUCCUGCCACUGUAUUUGUGCACGGAGGGCUCCGAACUGCAGAGCUGGGCACGUUGCCAUGGUCCCGCAGCCCUACGGCUUCUGGCCUGCAGCCGGGCUUGCAUCUGGCCAGCCAGAAACCCAGCCAGAGGAAUUCAGAUCCAUCUGCACCCACAGCCCGUUACCGCUCAGGGUGCAGUUGGAGGUUACAGCUCAAACAAUCCUUUUUCCAGGAACAAUGCCCUGGGCAAGGCCUGUCUGAUCCAGAAGAUUUGAUGUUCUCAAGAAAAAAAGUAAAACAACAACCCACAACCUUCUUUACUUCAAAGCCAGGACUUUCCUCCACUUAUAGGGGUUCUAACAAGAAGAUCUUGUGAUCUGACAUGGUCAGUCAUAGCCCAGAGGCUGUGCAAUAGCCCGCUCUGUCAGUGAACUCGUUGUAACAGGUCCAGAGACUGGGGAAAACAGCCAAAAAGCAGCAUGCCAGCAGAAAGUGUAUGGUCAGCUUGAAUAAUGGAUAUACUUGAGAAAACCAUGGUCUGCUCGUAAGGAUUGCUCAGGCUGAGGGGAGGAUCUGUGCACCACAUCGGUCUCUACCAGGGAGCCAUCCCUUUCCCUGUGAUGGCAGCGGGGAGGAGAUAACCCAGAUAAGGCCAGUGCACAUUUCCUAAGAUUUAAAAAGAGCACCGUGAAAUAAUUACUAGAAAGUUUAGGUCAUGCAAACGUUCAGUUGGAUCAAAUGCCAACGGAAAGCGCUCUGAGAGCCAGGCCUGUCCGUCUGAUGUGUCUAGCAGUCAGCAUGCUCUGUAAUCAGCAGAUUAACGACCUCCAGAGAAACAGCCCCACCUCUGACAAUCUACUCGAGAUUUCAGCGAUAUAUCUUUGGAUGCGGUUCCUCUGAGCUUGGCGUGAUCAACCAGCUGACAUGUAUUAUGCAGGACAUUUGGGGGAAUUCAUUACAGCCACAGUGCUGAUGGGUGGGCGGCUGGGAGAUGACCCCACCAAAGUGGAACUGCUGGGGGAUAAAUCCAUCUCCCAAGGGGUGGGUGUUUUGCCAUACGUGCCUUAUACCUCUUCAGAUGUUGGGUUGGGUUUUUGGUUUUGUGUGUGUGUGUGUGUUUUUUGUUUGGCUUGGUUUUUGUUUUUAAAUCUCAGCCUUGGUUUGCAAUUCUUCAGGGUAUCUAAUUAGCUGUAUUUUUUUUUCUUCUAGGAUUACUUGGCUCCUGUCCAGUUGAUGCUUACCAUGCACAAAGAGGGAAGUGUGCUCUUCUGUACUAGGGCUUUUAUAUAUAGUCCUUCCCUUAAAUGAAAAGAAGAGGGAGUUUGUCUGCACUGGAUUUUGGAGGGGUGGGGGAGCCUUAAAUGCCCACAAGGUUCAAGGAUGAAUUUAGGCAAAAUUACAGGCACGCUCAGGGGAUGUUUUCGGGAGCACAUGGCGCCUUUGUGGAUCUGAGAAGAUGUGGCGGUUUGGUGUGGCAUCGGUACAGCUGCCUGGGGCUUGGUGGGAGAUGCUCUUUGAAGAGCAGUAGAGCCUCUCCACAGAUAGACGUUGACUUCGUACUGAAAAUGGCAUUAUUCCCCAUGCCAGUCAGCAGUGACCUGAGCAGGUUUGGAUGUAAAUACCCUGACAUAAUAGCCUGCGCUUGGUUUGCAGCGGACCUGGUCUCCUGCUGCAGCGGGCAUGCUUGGGAAAGGGCGGUUUUGGGGGUUAGAGCAUUCCCGGCAUGGGGAGAAAGCUCAGUGCAUCUCUGCACAAUGCUCCUGCUCUCACGGUGAAGGUGCGCGCCCCAGGAAAAUGCCUCAUUUUCCCGAAAUGGAGCCAGUUUCUCUGCAACAUUUCAUUUCUAAUGUCCAAAUGCACAUCCCAGCAGGCUGGCCUGUGUGCUACCAUAGACAGCAAAACCACUGUGAUAGUUUGUUUGGAUUGAAUUGCACGUCUGCACAAAGGGGACCCUGCUGAAAUGACAAACCCCCAGGCUAUGUAUCCACGCUCAUGUUUUGAUGCACUGAUAAUAUAGUAUUUCCUGGGGCAAUUUGAAGCAAAGUGACAGGUUUACCCUUUACUCUGAAAGUGAACUUAAAGUGAACUUACGCUUUGAGGUGUAAAAGUAAAAGAAUUUGAACGGAACAACAACAACAAAAAAGAUUAGUAGUUAAAGGUAUCUUGCAGGUGAUAAGUUGGCAGUCUAGUUGGUUUAAUAUUAACACCCAGAAAGCAUAAGGGGCUGUAAGUUAACCAUGAGAGACCAUUAACUUCCAUCCCUGUUCACCUAUGGAAAAUUAUUUUCUUCCCAUUCUUCUGUUUUCUCUCCCCUUUGAAUAUAAUCAAAUAUAACUCAGCUUUUCAAUUCAGUGAAACCUUUUGAUCCUGCCUGUGUAUGAAACACUUCAUACCACAGUGUGGCAUUUCAUAGUAAAUUAAAUUAACUCUUCUGCAUACUCCUGAACUGUGAGAGACUCUCAAUAAAUAAAAGAAAUCUGCAAAUAAAGAGAAUUUAGUAGAAGGCUGAAUGCUUUCCGUUCACCUCAGAGACGUGCGGAUCAGUGUUACCCUCACACGCCUGUGUAGGUACCUGUGUAGGUUCAGCCAGAUGCCUGACUUCUCUGCACAUCUCUUUUUCUCCUUUUCCUUCAAAGCAAAACCUUCUGUCUUCUGAAAAUAUCCUGGAGACAACGGCUGCAGCUCAUCCAGCUGCUCCAGGCAGCCCCGCACCCCUUCCCACCCACACCCUGCGCUGCAAGAGGACUCCUCACCCUUCCAGGCAAUUCUGCAGACUGGUUUUUCUUUCCCUUUGUAUUUGGAGCCACUUCAGAUGGAUGCGUGUAUAACAGCAGCAAAGUGAACGCUGCAGGGAAGAAGCACUCUGCAGCACACAAACCCCUGCUGAGAAGCUGCUUCAUCUGGCCAUGGGCAUUUCUCACCCAAUACAACCCUUCACUCUGCUCUCGAGAACAAAUUUGCUUUUGCUGAGACCGAGGGAGUUGGAGAAUGAAACACCCCAGAUCACAAUCUUGUGCUCAUUGCUGCUAUGCUAAGAAAGGGAACUUUCCAGCCAAGCCCCGCAGAUGUGAACAGCGCGUUCACCUCGGACUGUCAGAGAACUGGCCAUGCAUAUCUGAUGUGAUCACAGAUGGCCCCGGCCCUGCCCUGCGGGUAUGAAACACAGACAGCAGUCAGCAGGACUCAACAGCUGCAGAAGACAGGGCUAUGAGAUCCACCUGGCAGGGGAAGGCCGGUCGCAGCCCACUCCAGGCCCUGUACGAGAGCGACCAGUUUGAGCAGUCGUCACUGCAGGCGGUUCACCAGCAGAGACGGGAGCUGUUGAGCAACAUCUGCAACCGUUACACCCGCAAGCGGCGUCUUCUGCGGCCGGAUGACUUGCGGCACUUGGUGGUGGAUGACACGCAUGGGCUGCUCUACUGCUACGUGCCCAAAGUGGCCUGCACUAACUGGAAGCGGGUGAUGAUGGUCCUGACGGGGCAAGGCAAGUACCGGGACCCACUGGAAAUCCCCGCCAACGAGGCUCACGUCUCAUCCAACCUGCGCACCCUCUCCGAGUACAGCAUCCCCGAGAUCAACCACCGCCUGCGCAGCUACCUCAAGUUCAUCUUUGUGCGGGAGCCCUUCGAGCGCCUGGUCUCAGCGUACCGCAACAAGUUCACCCGCAGCUACAACACGGCCUUCCACAAGCGCUACGGGACCAAGAUCAUCCGGCGGCACCGGCAGGAGCCCAGCGACAAGGCCCUGGAGCGCGGGGACGACGUGCGCUUCGAGGAGUUCGUCUACUACCUGUUGGAUCCACGGACUCAGCGGGAGGAGCCCUUCAACGAGCACUGGGAGCGGGUGCACUCGCUCUGCCACCCCUGCAUCGUCCACUACGACGUGGUGGGCAAGUACGAGACCUUGGCUGAAGAUGCGAACUACAUCCUCCAGUUGGUUGGGGCUGACACAAGCGUCAAGUUCCCAUCUUCAUCCAAGACCACCAGGACGACAGACGACAUGACGGCCCAGUUCUUCCAGGACAUUAGCCCCUUCUACCAAAGGAGACUUUUUAAUUUAUACAAAAUGGACUACUUACUCUUCAAUUACUCCAUCCCCUCGUACCUCCGCAUCCGAUGAGACAGGGGCUGGGGGGAGAGGCGCGAGAGAGCUGGGUAACUCUCUUCUUGCCACAAUUCCUCUCCUCCCACCCUGUGCUAAUCUCUUGGUUGACUUCUCCCCUAUGCCUUCCCCAUUACAUUUUGCUCCACAUGCUGAUGCCUUGGUCAUGCACGGUCUGGAGGGAGGACACCUCAACACACUGGGGAUGGAGCUUUUCCUUCCCUUUCCCUCCCACCCUUCAAUAUCUACAGGGGAGGGUGGUGGGACUGGACACUGCUGGGCAGGAGGGCUUGCCUUAGCUACGGACUUUCUUUUAGCUAAGAGACGCCUCUGUAGAUCCAAAUCUAAAGGCUCUUUUUUUCGGGCAGGAUCCCUUCAGGUCUUUCUCCUCCUUAUGGGGCUGUUUGGGGGUGGCUGUGGUGUGUUGGGGGGCAGAGUGGAGCAUGUCAGAGACUUGCAUAGAACCAGAAAUAAAGCAAUAAUUAAUUUAA